GUAAGAGAGAGAGAGAGAAAAGCAGCUGCUUUGAUCUAUUCCUGUAUCUUACUUCCAACCGCUGCUUCUGCGCACAGUGAAACGAAACUGGAAUGACAGAGGUGGGAACCCCCAGGGCUGCUAAUGGGUUGAUAGGAUGAAUGUUUUAUUGCCCCAUUCAGCCUGUCCUGGGCCUUCUGUGUGAAGUCUGAAUCAGACAGUAUCCUCAGGCUGUGAAUGAGGCGAUCCCCGGUGGCCAGUUGAACCGCAGGAGAUGGGUGUUCUGGAUGUCUGCCAGACCGGGGCUUACCCAAUCUACGUGCUGUCUCUGCUGCUCCUCACCUACCUUCUCAACCAGCUGGACCGCUACGUGCUGGCUAUAGUGGCUCAGCCGCUGGCCCAAGACCUGCAUUUCGGGGACAGGAGCUGCCUACAGAAUGGGAGCGAGUGGCAGGGACACUUGCCAUGUGCCAACGGCAGCAGCGAGGAGAGGUGCCUGUCGUUCCUGAAUGACAAUGGAUCCCAUUAUUGUAAAUGGGACUUUAACGGGAAUGGAUGGGAAUAUCAGGUCAUAGCUGGACCCGUCUUCAUCCUCAUCUAUACCUUCAUGGGAGUGGUUAUGGGAUUCCUUGCUGAUGCCACCAAUCGCAAGAACCUGCUGUCGCUCAGCCUGUUUCUGUGGAGCCUCCUGACGCUGCUGAUGGGUUUUGCCAAACGUUACUGGCAUCUGGUGCUGAUGCGCUUCGGCCAGGCAAUCGGGGAGGCGGGCUGCACACCGUUUGCUGUCAGCUUGAUCAUGGAUUACUUUCCUGCGGUAGCGCGAGGCUCAGCGAUGGGCGUCUACAAUUGGGGCAUCUACGGGGGCUACAGCCUAGCGUACGCCAUCGGCAGCUACAUCCCCCGCGCCAACAUCAACGGGAUGGGCUGGCGUUGGGCUUUCUUCCUGUCGGGAAUGCCUGGGCUGCUCCUCGGUGUGGUGCUGGCAGUCACGGUGCGGGAGCCACCGCGGGCGGGGGGAGCCGGUGAGGAGGAGGCGGUGGGCAACAUGACACUGAGAGAGAAGCUGAGAACCACUGUACGCUCCUUCCUGAACCCCCCGCUCCUGCUGCUCUGCCUGGCCGGCUCAGUCAGGAACGCUGGGGGAUAUGUGUGGGCUUACAACGCCCAGAAUUAUUUCAACUUCUACUACAGCCAGGUGGACGUGGGGCGCUGGCUCUCCUGGAUCCCACUGGUCGGGGGCUUCCUGGGAGCCCUCCUCGGUGGGGUGAUUUCUGACCGGGUGGUUCAGAAGCGGGGCCUGCACGCCCGGAUCUGGGUGCUGGUGAUCAGCCAGGUGGCGGCGGCGCCCUGUGUGGCGGGGGCCCUGUGGCUGAAGCCGCCGUACUGUUUCCUGUCUCUGAUCCCAGGCUGUAUGUUGGGUGAGAUGUGGGGCGGUGUGACACUGACCAUCGUGGUGGAGCUGGUGGGGCCGGCGAUCCGCUCCUGUGCCGUUGGCUUUUAUCUCUUCAUCAUCUCCAACGUGGGGGGCAAUGCCCCUCUGUUGCUGCCGGCGCUCAGCCAGCACUGGGGGCUACGGGGGGCAUUGCUGCUGCUCUACCCUGGCACGUACCUCGCCGGCUCGCUGCUGUUCCUGCUGACGCUGUUUGUGCUACGCAGGGACCAGGAGACCAGUGAGGAGCGACGACCACUGCUCAGCUCCUCGUCGGGGGGGCAGGAGCACGAGGGGGGGCAUCGGAAAUAUAGCUGAGCUGGGAGGGUGGGAGGGGGGGACAUUGAGAGACAUUGGGGGGGCAGCAUCAUCCAAGGAAAGGCUGGGAGCAAAACCCAGCUUCUGCUCCUCCGGCUUUCCCCCUCCCACAGCUUUCCCCCUCCCUAUUGUAAGAUUCCCAGAUAAAAGGGACUGGGAGGAGGCAGGAGAUCAGAGUCUGAGCACAGUGGGACGAGGGGUGAGACUAGGUAUUUUAUGAAUGGUGGGAGUGUGUGAUAAUUGGUGCAGGUUACACUGAGCCACACACCACAGCCCCUUCCACCCCUCUCCCACAUGUCUCUGAGCUGCACAGGAAAAAUCUGAUCCCCUUUGGGUAUUUGAAGGACAUAAACCAGACCCAUGGUGGGGGGAGCGAUGGUAGUGAGGAGGAGGGGGGGGUUCCUAGCUGGACAAGCAGUGUGAAAGUUUGCCAGACAAGGCCUUCAAUGGCAAACCACAUGGUUUAAGCUGGUUUUGACUCUUAGCAGUUACCCCAACGCGCACACUCUGGGGUCACCAAUUCUUGGCUCUUGCCAAUCUUUGCCGAGAAGCUGGACCGGCAGAAAGGUGACCUUCCCCUUCCCCUCCCAUCCCAGAAUCCGGACAGAAAUGUGAGCAAAGAUCCAGACGGAGGAGUGGAUGAUGAGAGGAACUGGCAGCCUCUGGAGAGAGAUGAUCUGAGACGUGUGUGGGGGUGGGGAGGAGAGGGGAGGGAGAUGGAGUUAAUUUGGAGCGAGCUACUCUAUGUUGAUUUGGAGUGAGCUGCUCUGUGUUCCCUGUAAUAUAAUACAGAUCUGUGAUAUUUCA